AUGGCGGCGCGGGGAGGCGACGGCCGCGCCCCGGCACCCGCGCUGGCCGGGGAGGCGGAGGCCCCCGGAGGACCAGGCCACGGCGCGGCGCCCUCGCCGGCCGAGCGCCAGCCCCACACCUUCGACAUCGCGACGCCGGAGCGGGUGGCCGCCCCCGCCGCGGCGGCCGCGGCCGGGGCCGCGGGCCGCCCCGGGCCCGCCUGGAGAGUGGCGGCCCUCGAGCCGGGGGGCUCCUCGAGGCCGAGCCCCCCGCGGGGCAUCAUUGAGAAGCGGAAGGACGGCUUCCGGAGGGAGUGGGAGCAGCAGCACCCGUUCUGGCCGUCGCUGGAGAAGGGCGGCAGGCCCCACUCGCAGAGGGGGCGGGCGCCGCCGAAGGCUCCGCCCCCCCAGCAGGCAGGCGCCACCCGCAACAUGCGGCUGCACGCGGACUGGAAGUACUCGGCGGAGGGCCGCAGGAAGAAGAUCGCCGAGUCGGAGGUGGACAAGGUGGGGCAGGUGGUCGAGGACUCGGUCAGCAGCUCGAGGGCGCUGUCCGAGGAACGCGCCCUGGCCCACCUGAGGAAGAACAGGCGGAUGCUCCAGGAGAGAGGGAGUCGAGGGGCGAUCUGGUCAAGCGGUACAACAACUUGGGGCCCGACGCCGACUCCGAGUGGACGGCCACGCCGUUCCCCCGCGCGUGGCUGA